AUAGUCUUUGUGUUUGGCAAGAGCAUUGGAAACAAACAACCCAACCCACGUCACGCACGUAACCUCGUCCCCGACAGCCUCGCUUUCGUUAUGAUUGGGAAGUUAUUCCUUACCUUGGCUACGCUCGCGCUUCUUCACGCCGCAUAUUCCACGUACGAACACUUGUCACUUUUGAAAGCUUUGGGAAAGCCUGAAGGAUCAUUACCUCUAGAUAUUGUGUAUGAGAGCAUUCUUGCGCUCAUUCUUGGGCUGCUUGGAGCAUCCUUGAAUGCUCCACCAUUGAAAGACAUCACUUGGGCAAGUGAGAUGAAGAAGCGGACAAUUGACGGAAUGGAUUCACGGCUGGGAUUCGCGCACUACAGGUCUCGCGGAAAGUUUUUGUUUGCGAGUCCACAUGAUGGUAAAAUAUGAAACGUUAUCUAUUGAUUGUCCAUCAUAUACAUGACAAAUGUUGCGCUGGUAUAUAGCACAACACUGAACAACAUUGUAGCUGGCCUCAGUCGUCAUCAUCCCCGCCAGAUUUCUUCUUGUUUUUCCGUUUCUCCUUUCGGGCUUUCCUCUUAUCCU